UCAUCUCUGACAGUCCAUCAAGUCCCGGAUAUCCCCUGGGAGGAACGGGCGGUCUGCUACUUCUUCGAUCAGUAUACCGCUUGCGACAAACCUGAUGGGGGAAGUCAUUUAGGAUUUAUUCCCAGAUUGUAUGCAGGCUGGCGGGGCCCAGACGCCGCGGAGCCCGCAUCGUCGUGUCUGCGUCUCGCGGUUGAUGCUGCAGCCUUGCUCACAUUGGGCAAUCAGGUCAAGGCAUCGUCGCUGGUCACACAGGCGAGACACCGGGUUGCCCUCGCCGUGCAGGGCCUACGUCAAGCGUUGGACUCACCCGUCGAAAGGGUGAAGGACGAUACCUUCGCGGCUGUGGUUAUUCUGGCUCUCUUCGAGGAUAUCUCAGGCGAGCGCAAUGGGCUGGCCAGCUCCCAUACCGUGGGCUUUGAGGCCCUCAUGAAGUUGAGAGGCGCUAGUCUACUCAAUGAGCAGGGGCUGGACCUGUUCAAAUUUGCGUACGUUCAUACGCGUAUCGAGGCCCUACUAUUACGGCAGAAGCAGCGCUUCAGCACUCAUGAUAUUGUCACGCGCCUUGACCCUGCCGAUCCUCUACAGCGCCUGAUGAUGAUAGUGAACCAGCUUGAUCCAGUAUUGCUCGAGAAUCCCCUGACAACAGACGCCGCCGAUCCCGCCGUUAUCACCACACUCGCCUCGAGGAUCGAACUGUGUCGGAGCCUCGACUCCGAACUGGCUGACUGGAGCCAGAACCUGCCCACGAGCUGGCUCCCUCACGCUUGCCGGUCGCACACCGGCGAAGAUGUGCUGACCUAUCAAGGGCAAUUCUCGGCGUCGAUGUGGUCCUACUACCAUGCGCUUCGCGUCCUGCUCCAGCUGACGAUGCUCGACUUCCUCCGGACCCUUGCCUCGAUAGUCAGCUCGAACGGCAUUCAGCGAGAAGCGAGCCGGCAAGAGGCGGACGGAUCCCAGUUGAUCCGCAGCAUGAUCAGCGAUACGUGUCGUAGUAUCCCGUACUGCUUUGGGGAGAUCGAUCAACUGGGCCACCCGUCCGCCUCGCAGGGGAAGUCUCAACUCCGCGCCUUCUACGUCUACUAUAUGAUCUGGCCCCUCUGGUACAUCCUGACAUGCGGAUACGCGACGCCAGCCCAGGCCCAGCAUAUCCGCCGGGUGCUGACGGAAAAGGGUUCCGAGGUCGGGAUCAAGUUGGCCCUCGUGCUGGCUGGGGAGAGUGGUGGGGGGUCCACGGUGAUGCCCUCGAUGCUUGGGUCUUUUGCACCGGGUAGCGGAGGGCGCUCGGCAUUGACCUGGCCAUAA